UUGCCUUGUGAAUGCAUUUUGAUUUUGCCUGGCGUAUGUUGUGAUUUUAUCAUUUUCAACCAGAUCACAGAUGCAGUUUUGUUGUACUCAAGUCCCAUACGGAGCUUUGGUUAUUUUUGCUGUACUCUUUCUUACAUUUUAUCCAAAAGAUUGAGAAGAACAUCUUAAAUUCUGGUAGAUAUUAUCAUAUUGUUUAGAAACAUCCUGGAUUUUAGUUGCAGGUGUAGCUCUUCGGGUAUAAAUCCCUCUGCCAAGGAUACUUCUCCAGCGUGUGGUGAUGCCUACAGUGGACAAUUAAUCGUAUCCGCGGAUCCAUGCCCUGGAGAUCUACGCCAUCUGUGCUACUAAACCAUGGUCUUCCCCACGCAGUAUACCAACAUCUCGGGCACCAGCGGACAAGCAGGAGGGGCCGCCAGAGGAAUCUCGGUGGACGAGAGCAGUCGGGGAUCGGGAUCCACGUCGCCCACAGGCCACACACAGCCCGCCACGACGCGCCUGCUCUUCAUCAACAACAAACGUCCAUCCCGCGAUACACCCAUCCCCAAGUUCUGCUCCAAUGAAGUCAGCACCACCAAGUAUAAUGCGCUGACAUUCAUUCCGCUUUUCCUUUUCGAAUCAUUCCGCAGGUAUUCCAAUGCGUUCUUCCUGUUUAUUGCUGCGCUGCAACAAAUACCUGAUGUUUCUCCGACAGGUCGUUGGACGACAUUGGUACCGCUGUCGUUUAUCCUGUUUGUUUCCGCCUGUAAAGAAAUCUACGAAGACACUAAACGGCGUUUGGCCGAUGGGGACGUUAACAACCGUAAAGUGUUGUCGCUGCAGUCCGUCACCUUCCAGCUGACUCCAUGGAAGAAAAUCCAAGUCGGUGAAAUUGUCAAAGUGCGCAAUGGCGAGGAAUUUCCCAGUGAUCUCAUACUGCUGUCGUCCAGCGAACCACAAGGGAUAUGCUACAUUGAAACAUCAAAUUUGGACGGGGAAACCAACCUGAAAACGCGGCUAGCGCUUCCGGAAACAGCCCAGUUACAAACAGAAGAUGACUUGUUGAUGUUGGAUGGAACGAUUGAAUGCGAAUCGCCCAAUCGUCAUUUGUAUGAUUUCACCGGUAACAUUCGCCCAUCCGGUCGUCACACGAUUCCCCUUGGGCCUGACCAGCUACUCCUACGAGGAUCGCGUCUGAAGAACACGGAAUGGAUCUACGGCGUGGUGGUGUUUACCGGCCACGACAGCAAGCUGAUGAAGAACAGCAAACAGGGAGCAAUUCUGCGCUUGAAGCGAUCGGCGCUGGAUGAAUUCGCUAAUCGACAGAUUAUAAUGAUGUUUGCGCUGCUGAUUAUCGUCUGUCUGGUGAGCGGCAUCGGUAACGCGAUCUGGAGAUCAACCCACGAAUCCAAGGACUGGUAUUUGUUCCCGCUGUUGGAUAAUCAAAAUUUUGGUUUUAAUUUCCUUACGUUUAUCAUUCUUUAUAACAACUUAAUUCCCAUCAGCCUACAAGUUACACUGGAGAUGGUGAGAUUUGUUCAGACACUGUUCGUCAGUUGGGACUUGGAAAUGUAUGACAGCACCACGAACACGCCUGCGGUUGCUCGGACGUCGAACCUAAAUGAAGAUCUUGGACAGAUCAAAUAUAUUUUUUCGGACAAGACUGGGACAUUAACAGAGAAUAACAUGAUCUUCCGGCAAUGCAGCAUUGGUGGCAUUGUAUAUGGUGUUGCCAACACCCAUUCCGAGACGUUCUCGGAUACUAAUAUGUUGGCCAGCCUGCGCGCCCAUAAUGCCGGUUCCAGGAUUAUUCACGAGUUCCUGUUAACCAUCUCUGUGUGCCAUACGGUAGUCAGCGAGGCCGAUCCGAAAAACCCGUUCAAACCCAUUUAUUUAGCGGCAUCACCGGAUGAGAGCGCCCUUGUUAAAGCCGCUGCAUCUUUGGACUACACUUUUAUGAAGCGAGACACGAAUCAUAUUAUUGUACGAAUAAGGAGCAACACCUCCGGUGCGGAAGCAGCGCGAUAUGAGACGUUGACGUAUGAACUCUUGGAUAUUCUGGAGUUUACCAGCGAUCGGAAACGAAUGUCGGUGAUUGUUCGCACACCGGAAGGCAGGAUACUGCUCAUGUGCAAAGGUGCCGAUUCGGUUAUUUGCGACCGUUUGGCCCCACACCAACCGUAUCUCGAUAAAACGAUCCAGGAUUUAGAGGAUUUUGCACACAAGGGCUUCCGUACAUUGUGUGUUGCUACAGCGGAAGUCAUGCCGGAAUUUUACACGGAAUGGAAAAAGCAGUUUGUUUUGGCGGCUACCGCUUUGGAUAAGCGAAAGGAAAAGGUUGCCGAUGUUUGCAGUGUCAUUGAGCGGAAUUUGCAGCUGAUCGGCGCCACAGCCAUUGAAGAUCGUUUACAGGAAGGAGUUCCGCACUGCAUUGCGCAGCUGGCAAAAGCGAACAUCAGAGUCUGGAUAUUGACGGGAGAUAAAAUGGAGACUGCAAUUAACAUUGGCCAUGCUUGCAACCUCUUAAAUAAGAACAUGCUGUUGUUCACGUUGAAUGAGACUUCGUUAGAUCGUGUACGGGAGGCUUUAAGUCGAUUUCGGAACGAUCUGCAAGAUCGAGCAGAACCUGCUGCCGGAUUGAUAGUUGAUGGAAAAGCUCUGCAUUAUGCGUUAUCAAUGGACCUCCGAAAGGAAUUCCUCGAUAUUGCUGUGUCUUGCAAAGCUGUUAUAUGCUGCCGGAUUUCUCCUAUGCAAAAAGCCGACGUUGUGGCACUGGUCAGAACCAAUAAGCCGAAGGAUGUAACGUUGGCUAUCGGCGAUGGAGCUAACGAUGUGGCUAUGAUUCAGACUGCCCAUGUGGGAGUUGGAAUCAGCGGAAAAGAAGGGCUUCAGGCUGUCUGUGCUUCAGACUAUGCCAUUGGUCAAUUUAGAUUUCUACAGAAACUUUUAUUUGUUCAUGGAGCUUGGAGUUACGAGCGCAUAUCGAAGCUGGUUUUGUACUGUUACCACAAGAACAUUUGCCUGUACAUUAUGCAGUUUUAUUUUGCCAUUAUCAGCUCAUUUUCCGGUCAGACAAUCUUCGAGCGAUGGACCAUUGGUUUAUAUAACAUCUUCUUUACUGCCGCACCACCAUUUGUAAUCGGAAUCUUCGAUAAAAGCUGUUCGGCAGAAAGCCGAAUGCGUUAUCCCGCUCUAUACGGCCCUACACAGAGCGGUGAAUUGUUCACCUAUUCAGUGUUUUGGCGAUGGAUUUUUUCCGCGCUGGUACAUGCUGCCAUUAUUUUUGGAUUAACGUACGGAAUUUUCCAUCACGAUGUGCUCUGGGGUGACGGGCAGAAUUCGGGAGGAUUUUUAUUCGGUGCUGCAGCGUUCACCUAUGUUGUGGUCGUGGUGUGCUUGAAAGCGGGUUUAGAGACCAGCUCGUGGACGUGGAUUACCCAUGUUGGCAUCUGGGGCAGCAUCGCGUCAUGGUUCAUCUUUUUGCCCAUCUAUUCUAAGUUAUGGCCGAAUUUCUUGACGUUUGGUGAAGAUUUUGUGGGAAUUGCAGCAGCUAUGUGUAGUUCAUGGUUGUUCUGGAUGGGUCUGUUUCUGAUCCCCACCGCUACUCUCCUGUUUGACAUCUUAUUCCAAGCCUUCCGCAACACUUAUAAAGCUAACGUGGUGGACACUGUCCGCCGCAUGGAGGGCCUGGGUGUCAGAGAUCUGGAUGACUUUGUCAAUAUGGUGAAACCGCAGCCGACAGCGGAAUAUGACACACUUCUGGGCACGCUCAGUUAUCCUUCGCCGGUACACCAUCCUCAGCAGCGCGGUUAUGCCUUCUCGCAGGACGAAGGAGGCGCCAUAUCGCAGACGGCCGUGGUCAACCUGUACGGCAGCACGGAAGCCACGACACCGGGUGCGUCGGAUCCUCUAUCGCGCUUAUCACCGCGAACACUGCAGAAUGUGCAUCCCCGUGUUGGAAUCAACAGUUAGAUGGUGGACUGUUGUGAAGAUCUAUUUAUGGUCUCGUCUAAGAUUUUUUAUUUUUCGUGUUUCGUUGAAUAUCGGGUUUUGUUAAUUUUUGACACGUGAAUUUCUCAAAGCCAAAGAUGGGUCUCGUCUCGUGAUGGAUGCGCGUUAGCUGCCGGAACUGUGUUCUAGUCGUGCUAAGCCAGUUUAUGCAAACCUCGUGACUGUGUUCGAAGUUCUGUAUUAAACCUUUUUACUUGCUG